ACAAAUUAUUGCGCAAACUAACUACCAAUAUAAGGCAAUCUUAGAUGCUUUAUUAUUUUAUUCAAAAGACGCGCAAAAAACUUUUUUAACAUGUGCAUUAUUUUAUAAAGAUACUGCACAAUAUAUGGAGUCGAUAGAUGAAUAUAAUGAAGGAUUGACUAAAAGAUUAAAUAUUACUAAACAAAAUAAGCUAAUAGAUUUAGUCAGAAGACUUCAUAUUGAUUUGUCGCAUCAACCUAAACUUUUAAUUAAUAAUGUAGAUUUAAAAAUUAAAUUGGAAAGAUCUAAAGACAGUUUUGCCUUAAUUGCAAAUAAUGAUGAUUACAUUAGUUCGUCAGUUCAAAUUGGAAUUGAAAAAGCACUCCAAUCAUCUGGUAUUAUAAAAAUCCCAUUUAGAAGAACCGAUAUAAAGGUCUUUACUUUGAGUAGCGGUAUACAGUCUACUAAUAUUUCAAAUGCCGUUAUCGGUCAGUUACCAUAUAGAAUAACGAUCGGUUUAGUUUCUAAUUCGGCCUUUAAUGGAAAUGUGAAAUAUAAUCCUUUCAAUUUUAAAAAUUAUAAUUUAAAUUAUAUAUGUUUAUUAAAGGACAAUCAAAUGAUUCCUCCAAAACCUUAUACUCCCGAUUAUACAAAUAACUUAUACGCGAGAAAUUUUAUAUCAUUGUUCGAAGAUAUUGGAUGUAUUAAUCAUCAUAAAUUUACAAAUAUAACUUACAAGGAAUAUAAAGACGGGUAUACUCUAUAUUGUUUCGAUCUUACUCCCGAUCGUUCCGCCUCAGAAGGCCAUCGGAGCGUCAAUCAGUUAGGAAAUUUGUCUAUAGAGUUUAAGUUUGCAACCGCGUUAUUAGAAACUGUAAACGUUAUUUGUUUACUUGAAUACAAUAAUACCCUGGAAAUUGAUCAUUCGAGAACAGUAUUCGUAGAUUAUUAAUGAAUACUAUCACGUUAUGGAGACUAGCGUCGAGCGACUCGAAAAUAAAAAAGACUUUCGGAGGAGUUUUUGCAUCGGAUGAUUUACCCGUUUGCAUUACUAAUCGAAAAUCAUUUAUAAUUAAUUUGGAUGAAAAAAAUAAGCCCGGAAGUCAUUGGGUAUCCGCAUUCUUCGAUGGAAAAACCUGUUUUUACUACGAUAGUUACGGAAUGAAACCGUCAAAAUUAAAAAUAAUUAAAUUUAUAAAACGAAAUUCUAAAAAUUGUUGUUGGAAUAAUAUUAUUCAUCAGAGUUUAUAUUCGAUGAAUUGCGGAUACUUUUGUUUGUAUUUUCUAUAUAAAAUGAAUAGAAAUCAAUGUUUAGAAGAACUAAGUGUAACUGAUAAAUUUUAUAAUGACGAAUUUGUAAAAAAAUUUGUAAAGAACAUUUAUAUUUAGCACGUCCACUUACCAUAAUGUAUAAUCAAUGUUGUAAU